CUCUCCGCACUGCGUUACCACCGCUCGGCUCGGACAAUUACGCCUAGCCAGCUCGGGAAUUUCAAUUCCAUUAUUUUAUCCAUGUAUUUAUUUUGGGGUGGUUCUCUUGUUGUUGCUUUUUUUCUUUCUUUUUCUUUUCUUUUAGUCCCUCUCUCUCUCUCUUUUAGCCCGCAAAUGCACGGGCGCAAGUGCGCAUCACGCGGAGAGCCGCCACGAGCGCAGCCGUGAUGGGACGCCGGAGCUCCGAGGGACGCGCGACUUUGGCCGCACGGCUGCUGCCGCCGCUUCUGCUGCUUCUUCUGCCGGCUACCGCUCUCGCUCGAGGCGUCCGCGGUGAGAGCCAGCAGCAUGGUCCAUCCAGCACGUUGCCGCGCUUUGUGGAGGAGCCGGUGGAUGCGUACAUCAUCAAAAGCAACCCCAUCAAGUUGCGCUGCCAGGCCCGGCCUGCCUUGCAAAUCUUCUUCAAGUGCAACGGCGAGUGGGUCCACCAGAGCCAGCACGCGUCCCGUGAGCAUACAGACCUGGGAACAGGGUUGAAGAUCCGGGAAGUGAUGAUCAACGUGUCCCGCCAGCAGGUGGAAGAUUUCCACGGUCCAGAGGAUUACUGGUGCCUUUGCGUAGCCUGGAGCCACCUGGGAACAUCCAAAAGCCGCAAGGCGUCCGUGCGGAUCGCCUACCUGAGGAAGAACUUUGAGCAAGACCCUCAAGGCUUGGAGGUGCCCCUGAGCGGCAUGAUUGUAUUGCAUUGUCGACCACCAGAUGGCGUACCGGCAGCCCAGGUGGAAUGGCUGAAAAACGACGAGCUUUUGAACCUUGGUGGCGCUGUGACAGAUCCCAAAGGCGACCACCGUCUGGUCAUCCCUCAGGCGCACCUCUCCGACUCGGGAAACUACACGUGUGUUGCCAGCAACAUUGUGGCCAAGCGCCGCAGCUCCACAGCUGCCGUUGUCGUCUUUGUAAAUGGCGGCUGGUCGACAUGGAGCGAUUGGUCGCCGUGCAACGUGCGUUGCGGUCGCGGCGUCCACAAACGCUCGCGCACGUGCACCAACCCGGCGCCGCUCAACGCCGGCUCCUUCUGCGACGGCGCGUCGGUGCAGAAGAGCGCCUGCACUUCGCCGUGUCCAGUGGACGGGGGCUGGGGCACGUGGACCGAAUGGUCGACGUGCAGCGGCGAUUGCGAGAGGAGGCGGAGCCGCGAGUGCACGGCACCUGAACCCAAGCACGGCGGACGCUUGUGUGACGGCGUGGCGCUUGCCACUGAUAACUGCACCGGAGACCUCUGCACACAAAAUGGAAAAUUGCUGCGCGACGCCAAACCACAAGGUGUGGUGGAGAGCGGAGUCGGCGGCGGCGUUGGCGGCGGCGGCGUUGGCGGCGGGGGAGACGUGGCGCUGUACUCGGGCCUGGCGGCCGGCGUGGCGACGGUGGCGCUGCUGAUCGUGGGCGUCACCGUGUACCGACGCAGCCGCAGCGACUACGGCGUGGACGUCAUCGACUCAUCCGCCCUGGCUGGAGGUUUCCAGUCGUUCAACUUCAAGACGUCGCGCCAAGGCAACCCUCUGCUGAUCCGCUCGUCACUCCAGCCCGACCUGAGCGUGUCUCGCACGUACACCAGUCCCAUGUGCUUCCACGACGCCAUGGAUAAGGAGCUCUUGAACCCCCUGCCCGAUCUCAAGGUCAAAGGGAUCACAGAAGGUCCAGACUUCCACCCUCAGACGUUCCCGAGGGGUCUGUCCCCAGACUACCGGGGCGUGGUGGUGGGUGCGACGCUGGGCCGAGGAGAAAGGAACCACUUUGGUCCCCAGCGGGUGGCGGCGCCCGCCGUCAGGCCGCGCCACAAAGCCACGGCAGUGUUGGGCCACGCGGGGGGACAUCUGCUGGUGCCAAACACAGGUGUGAGUUUGCUGGUGCCAGUCGGGGGGAUCGCUCACGACACCACAUGGGAAACGACGGUCAUUGUCAACCAGGAGGACAGCAGCUCGGCGUUGGGCGAAGGAUCGGAGAUCUUCCUGAGUCCAGCCGUCACGUACGGCCCGCCGGGGCUGGAGCUUUCCUGCCCCGUGGUCCUGACCAUGGCGCAUUGCGCUGAGAAGGCCGCCGACCGCUGGAUCACUCGACUCAAGAGGCAGACGCAGGAUCGCAAAUGGGAGGAAGUGAUGUGCGUGCAGGAGGAUUGCACUUCUUGCUAUUGCCUGCUGGAGGCGCAGCGCUGCCACAUUUUGCUAGAGCGACCCGGCCGCUACGCCCUAGUGGGCGAGCCGCUACGGCCGGACGCCGCCAAGCGCCUGCGACUGGCGGCCUUCGGAAGCCCCGACAGCGCCAACCCGAUGGGCUUCAUCCUCAGGGUCUACUGCGUGGACGACACGCCGCACGCUUUCCAGGAGGUGGCAGCGGGCGAACGCAUCCGAGGCGGGCGCCUGCUGGAGGAGCCCAAAGUCUUGUCAUUCCGUGGGAACGCGCUCAGCCUGCAGGUGAACAUCCAGGACGUUCCACAGAUGCUGUGGAACAUCAAGCCUUUCACCACCUGUCAGGAGUUCUCCUUCUGUCAGGUGUGGUGGGGCAAACAGCGCCCCCUGCAGUGUGCCUUCUCCCUGGAGCGUAACAGCGCCUCCUCGUCCUCUUUCUCCUCAUCUCCUCUCUCGUGUAAGAUCAGCGUACGUCAGGUUCAAGGUGAAGAGCAAAUCCUGCAGAUCUACACCACGGUGCAGCCCGAGAACCCAAAGGUACCUGUCCCGUUCCCUCGUGAGUCUGGCUGUUCCAUCACCUCCCAGGCGGGAUCACGGGCUUUCAAGAUCCCACUCUCCAUCCGCCAGAGGAUCAGCGCCACGUUUGACGGGACCAACGCCAAGGGCAAGGACUGGCGCCUCUUAGCCCAAAAGCUACACGUGGACAGGAACUUGGGCUACUUCGCCCACCACGAAAGUCCCGCGUCCAUAAUCCUGAGCCUGUGGGAGGCGCAGCAUCAGGACUCAGCCGACCUGGACUCCCUGGCCAGCGCUCUGGAGGAGAUCGGCCGGGUACAGUCGCCCAACUGCAACGAUAUGAGGGGUUCCCUAAACUCAGCGAGGACUGCAGAUUGAAAUCCCGGACAACUGCAUGAACGCUGAGGAGCAGACACUUGCAGGGACUUCCCGGAAUAAUACGGAAGCUCGUUUCAGACAGGAACAAAGGUGAGGUUUGGGUUGUCGGGGGAACGGACCACAAGCCUCUAUCUUGGAGAGAUGACUUCCUGUUCCUCAUCCUGUGGGCGCGCCAAACUUUAAGUGUGACGUCAUGUUGUCAUUUUCUUGCUUUUGCGUGGUGUCUUUAAAUGUGCGAAAAGUGGAGGUAAUAACAAACACAAAAUGUUGGAGACUUCAUGCUACUACAGCUGCUUAAAAAAAAAGUUGGCAUAAGGAAGAUUUUUUUGUGUGGCACCCUCGGAAGAGUGGUUACCAUGGACCACAACUUGGUCCGAUUGCUCCCAACAAAAUAA